AUGCAUCGCUUUGGAGCUGCAGUAGACGAUGAUGCUGCAAACGCCGUCGUAUCAGGCUUGGAUGCCCAAGGAGGUGGAACGUGGCUUGGAGUUAAUCGACAUGGUCGAAUCGCAAUGAUGCGAUUGGAUAGUACAAAUAUCACCGAGGAAUUGCUUCAGCGAAGAUCAUUGUCAAGAGGACACCUCGUCUCUGACUUUCUCCUAUCCGACCCAGCUAAAGAAUCUAUGCAGGAAUACAUCGAUCGCUUGCUCACCAUUGGUUCUCAAGAAGGAGCAGAGAGCGAGCGCGACUAUGCAGGCUUUAAUCUCGUCCUCAUCAGCUUUAGCACAUAUGACUCUCCCGAUACAAACCUGGAUAGGAAGCCGCAGAUAGCACUCGUGACAAAUUCUGGGGCCAGUGGUGUCCUCAGUGCACGCUGGAUGAGCCAAGAUGACAUCUGUCUUGGAGGCAUGUCGAAUGGAAUCGAUGGGAAAACGAUGCAAUACUGGACAAAGAUUGAAGAGGGCAAACAAUCUUGCGUAGUCUCCUCGAUCAGCCAGACUUGGCAGAGGACAAUCUCGUGGAGGGCCUCUUUGGGAUUCUCUCUCUGCAUACACCGGAACCACCUAAAAAAAGAGACGACCUUCGAGCCUCAAUCCGCAUCGAUCCGGUCCACCUGA